AUGAACAACCAGUUUCAUUCAAGUUUAUCAACGUACACGAGACCCGAUUUGUUUCCUACUGAAGACGAUGAUGAAGAGCUUUUUGGCAUCAUGGCCGAAUGUGUUGAUUUGCUUGAACAAGGUGAAUCAUCAAGACCAUACAUACCCCGUAUGGUCAUCGAAAGAGAUCGCUAUGGUGCUGACGAGCGCCUAAUGGCAGCUUACUUUAACGAAAACCCAAAGUAUUCGUUGAAGAGCUUUAGGCGACGAUUCCGUAUGCCUAGACCUAUGUUCAUGCGCAUUGUGAACGACAUAAUAUCAUACCCAUCUCGCAAUCCAGGUCCUGUACCUUUGCAUUUUCAAAGAAUGCAAGACAAGCAGUUUGAUGCCCGAGGAAAGCCUGGGAUGAAUAUUUGCGUAGACCAACACCAGAGGACAUACAACGCUUGUACGCUCGACAUAAAGAGCUUCAUGGCUUCCCAGGCAUGCUUGGAAGCAUUGAUUGCAUGCACUGGCCUUGGAGGAACUGUCCCAAGGCAUAGCAAGUCGCCUUUAUUUAGAGAAAUCAUUGAAGAUCGUGCACCUGAUAGCUCGUUCACUGUUAAUGGCACCCACUACAAAAAGGGUUACUAUCUCGCAGACGGCAUUUAUCCCGAAUGGUCGAAUUUUGUAAAGUCGUAUUCAUGCCCUCAAGAUGAGAAGCGGAAGAAAUUUAAAAAGUUUCAAGAAAGUGCCUGGAAGGAUGUCGAGCGUGCCUUUGGAGGGCUUCAAAACUCAUGGCACAUUCUAACCCAGCCAGCAAGAUCAAAAAGCGUGAAUCAGAUCACUCGAACAAUGUAUGCCUGUGUUAUAUUGCAUAACAUGAAGGUUGAAGACGCGGGGUACGCCAUAAGCUCACUCGAGGAUGGAGACGACAUUGAUCCAAUCGUCUUACUGGAGCGUACGUUCGAGGAAAGGAUUGCACUUCACCAACGUACCGGCAAGGAGCUUCGAGAUCGCAAUGUGCAUCAUGCUCUUCGUCAUGAUCUUACGGAGCAUAUAUGGCGCCUCUCGACUUAA